AUGGAGGAAGGCGAGAGCUCGUCCAGAAGUGUUGAUAGGGACGAAAUUGAGAGCUUUCACGUAGUUACUACCGAAGAUAAAAAGGUAAAACGAAAGGGAUACCUGGCCAAAAGGGACGCGACAAAGAUUUGUCUUUAUGAUGAGCAAUUUACGCGGUGGCGGCAGCUAAAAAAUGAUUUAAAUGUGAAGACGGACAAGGAACUAGCGACCUUGCUUCUUGAUAAUUAUUCGAGCACGAAGCAAGUUUUAACGACAAGGUAGGAAAGAUGUAUUGUAUUUAUAAAAUAAUUCAAAAUUGGAUUAAACAGUGGUUAUAUCUCCUUUUAUAAAUCUUGUAGCGAAGCGGAAACACAAACAGAUGAAAGUCAUCAGGUCACAAUGGAAACUCUAUUGUCCAAAUCUCCAGGUAAAUUUUGUGAUAUAACAGCUGUGUAUUUGUUUUUGAAUGUUACAGUAAUUACGACUAAAGUUUGUAUUAUAUUUAUGUUUUUAUAGUUCUAACUUCAACGCCAAAGGAAGGAAUACAUCGAACUGAGCGUCCUCUUUCCACUCCAAAACGUAGACGAUUGUCAAUGACAAAUAUGGAGACGAAACAUGGUACUCAAACGUCUGCUGAAUCUUUCUCUAUGAGGUACGUGGUAUUUGAAUUUGUGUUUUACUCGAAUGAAUAAGACUCGUAUGGAUAAGAUUUCAUAAAUGACUAGAUAUUUGAUAUCUUUUUAUUUUUCACCAUUUCCUGUGAAUGUGAUUUCGCAGACAUGCAUUUGAUAUCAUACAGCUGUAUAUAACUUCUUGAGUCAUUUGAUAUUUGUUUAAAUAUUUGAUGCUUGACACGUUGACAAUGCCACACUCAAUAACUUGAUUGAUAUUUAUGAUGUUACUCUGAGUGACAAAUUUGAAAAAUAUGCCUGGCAAUGGUGUGAAUUAAACCUAAAUCCAAAUGCCCUGCCAACUGAUAUACAUGGUCAUGUCGGUUUGAGUAUGUGAUAUUUCAGGACUGAAUCAAGUUCCUUCAAAUUCGACCCGACCUGACUGCAUAGCUCAGUUGCCAGAGCAUAGUAUUGCAUAGGUUCAAUUCCCAUGGCCUGGUAUAUUUUUCAAGCUUGCCCAGUGUGUAUACAGAUCAUAUUCAUCUGAGUACAUGGCACCAACAUAGAAAAAACCAUUAAUGUGCACAUGAGUCAUUAUUAACCCCCACCCACCCGGUGGAAAGGUGGGGAUUUGUUUUGGCCACCUUCAUCAAAUAGGCAAAAGCCCCCAUACCAGGGAACUACUUUCUCAUAAAAAUUGUAAAAACCCUCUUAUAGUGUACUUAUGACAAUUUUCCUCUUUCCAUGUGUUUUCUGUUGCCUUGGUUUUGUAGUGUAUAACCAUUGACCAUAUAUAUGCAUUGUACAUUCCCCUACCCAUGGGGGCAAAUAACAUGCAAAACGUUUUAAAUGCCCAGCGUAAUAGGCCAACAAAUUAAUAGUAUCCCAUGUUAACUGCACUGUGGGCUGGGUUUAACAUUUACUCAUGCAUAAAAAGUUUUGGCAUUUAAGGAAACUUAGCCCAAGCAGAUUUUGGAUUUAUUUAUGCAUGUUUUAAAUUAGAACUCAACAGUUUCUGUAUCAAUAAAUUCUGUAUCAACAGUUUCUGUAUUCAAUAUAAAGAUAGACUACAUGGAAAAUAUAGAUAAAACUUCAAGCUGAAAUAUUCUCUAUAUUUUCCGAUAUUCACACAAAUGAAUCUACCUAUAUGUUUUAAAAACCUGGUAUUUCAUAGUUUUUUUACCAGUUUAACUCUUUGUAAAAUUUUGAAAUACCACAUACUUGCAGGUACAUGAUGCAUUAGAAAUGCAUAUACUUAUGUUUUAAAAUAUCAAUAUUUAUAACAUAGGACUAGUUUGAGUACUGGUAACUUAGAGAAAACCCUGACAGCCAGUGAAUCAGAUGGCAGUGAUACUGAGCAUUCAGAUGCCUUUAGGUAAGUGUUACAUAAUGAGCUGCAGUUGACUUUUAUAUGUUGUAGGACUGUUCGGUAUACCGAUAUACUAAAAAUAUCGGUAUCAAAUCAAUAUUGGUAUAUCGAUACCGAAUAUUCAACCAUACCGAUAUACCGAAAUUUCCAAUAUACCGGAAUUUUUCGGUAUACCGUGUUAAAUUUACCAACUAUAUGACGAAACCAUAACCUUUAUUUUACUACUGAAUGGCAAUUCAAAUAAUUUUCUACGGCAAUGAUUUAGAAUUUCCACUUCAGUUAGAUUUUACACUAAGUAUGUGCCGUUCGAAACAUGUUCGAAACAGCUUCGAAAUUAUCGUUUUCCCCUUAAGAAUUACUCAAAAUUUCCUUCAAAUUUCCAUUAAAGAAUUUUCCUUUAUAAUUAUCAAAGAAAAACCGGUAUACCGAUAAUAUCGGUAUAAUUUUUUUGGUAUACCGAUACCGGAAAUUUGUCAUACCGAACAUUCCUAAUAUGUUGACAAUACAAGUUAAUACUACUGUAAAAUUAGUAUUUAUAUAAUUAACUGUUAUCCAGAUUUCAAGAUGAUCUUCCAGAUCUAGAAAAUAUGACACUGGAGGAAGAGGUGUAUGAUACACAAAUUGAAGGUCACGAUGAUGAUGGUGAUGUUGAUGAUGAAGAGGAUGGUGAUAGUAGUGACAGAGGACCUUGUCAAAGUCAAGUUGUCAGGAUUGCACCAGUUGACAUACCCACACUUGAGUUUUGUUUGGUUUCAACCUCAGCAGUCAUGGAUCUGUUGCACAAAUUGCAUGGGCCAAUGUGUAAACGAAGAGAGUGUAACAGAGAGCUAGAUUUUGAUAAUAGCUUUGUUGGUUCAUGCCUUGUUGUUCAUUGGUCAUGCAGUGCUGGCCACUUUGGUGGAAGGUGGUCUGCACAACCCCAAUGUGAAGGCAUUCGUGCUGGCAAUCUGCUCUUAGCAUCAGCCAUACCAUUAUCGGGGAAUUCCUACACAAAGGUAGGAUUUCUAUGCAAAGUGAUGAAUCUGCAUUUCUUCUCAAAAAAUCUCUACAACCAAUACCAGAGCUUGUAUAUUGGACCUGCAGUAAAUGAUUAUUGGGAAGUUUUGAGAAAUGAUGCAUGGAAAGAAAGAGAAGAUAAAGAAAUCAUCCUGAGUUCCGAUGGAAGAAAUGAUUCUCCAGGACAUUCUGCGCAGUACUGUACAUAUUCCUUUGCUGAUAUGGACACAAAAUGCAUAUUGGAGCUCAAUAUUGUUGAUGUCAGGGAAGUGGAAGGAAGAAAGAGCCCCAACAUGGAGAGAGUUGGUUUCGAGAGAGGAUUGGAUAAGCUAAUCGGAUCCCAGAUGAACAUUAAAGAGGUGGUUACGGAUGGCCAUUUGGAAAUUGGUGCUUUGAUGAGUAAGUGUGUGUAGCAUGGCAAGUUAUAUCACAUUGUAGUAGGGUACAAUAUAUAGAUACUGUACCGAUGUUUGAUAAGAUGUUAAUAAGGGCAAGAAAUUCUGCUCAUGUCAUGCAAAUGGCAAUUUGUUUAUAUAGGUGAAUGUGCUUAUUCCAGUAGUGUACUCCUCAUUGAAAGAGUACUGCCAGUUUCUCUUGUUACAUUAUCCUCUGGCAGGAAGCCAGCCUGACUAUGUAGGUUAUUGUCAGCAAACAAUGUGUCAAAGUUCAAGACAGUUCCAUCAUUUGUACAGCCUUCAAUCGAUUAAUUUUAAAUGUGAAAUUUUUUUCAGAAAAUGCACCAAAGUACAAAGAUGUGUUACAUCAACGAGAUGUUUGGCAUGGAGCAAAAAACCUUGCUAAGAAGGUUAUCACUGUAUGUAUGAUUUUUGCAGCGCAAUGUUUGUAUCAAUUUCUAUAAGUAAUGAUUUGCAUUUUUUACUGUAGGCUGCUAAUGAGAAGGGAAAUGAAGAUCUCUCGCACUGGAUUGCUUCGGUCAGAAACCAUUUUUGGUACUGCAGUCGAAAGUGUGGUGGUAGUACAGCAGAUUUCAAGGUGUAUAUAAUAUGUUAAAAAACUAUGUAACAUUAUUUUUAUGUUGGUAAAUACUGUAAGGACUUGCAAAAUAUUGCCGGAUAUUCGUGGUUCCAAACUUGAUUCGUUAUCAUUAGCGGCAAUUUGGCUAAUUAGCUUCAUUAAGUGUCUUGAAUUUUAACAUUGUAAUCUAUUCAAUAGGACUUGUGGAUUGGAUUGCUCCAUCAUGUGGUUGAUGAACAUCACUGGGUGCUGAAUGAUGGAAUAGGACAGGGGAAAUGUGACCAUAGUGUGUUGACAGAAGAAGAAAGGUCCAAACCUUGGCUGCUAAAGGAUUCCUCUCCACACAAAGCCUUAAGACAAAUAAUUUUGCACAAGCGACUGCUAAAUGAAUUGCACUACUACACCAAUUUUAGGUUAGUGUAAAAUGUACAGUUAAAUAAGCAAACCUUACCAGUGGCAGAAAUUAACAUUUUCUGGGGGGGGGGUGGAAGCAGUGUAAAUUGCUGAACAAACUUUCAAAUUUCUGGCAAACUUCAGUUGCUGUGGCGCUCAUAUUGACGCCCUCAUAUUUGGAAUGGAGGCCAAAAUUUUUAAAAAUUUGUCAUUUGUCUGUGAAGGUGGGGGCGGGGGGAACACCCCCCCCCCCAACUUAGAUUUCCGCCACUGUACCGUACAAAAUAGAUUUUCAUCUCAAAAAGACACUUUAGUCCAUUUCAUUGAUAUAGGAAUUAUCAAGGUCGUAUCAUAUAUAAUACAGUGUUCACAUUCUUGUAUAGGCACACUGGAUUUUUGGAGUCCUUUCACAAUCAUUUGCUGAUGUAUUGUCCCAAACGCCUUUCUUACACGUAAGUACAAAUUGUGAGUUCAAUUUAUUUACGGUGUGUGAUAAAAAUAGUUUCUUAACCCAGUAACUGGCCGUGGUUUUACAAUGACAUUGAGACAUUUAUGUCCUAAGAUACACCAUCACAAUGAUUAUUGCUUCUUUUUUAUAGGAUUAUUGGAUACAAGCUAAGGAACCAACUAGCAGCAAUUGACUUUAACAAACACAGGAGUCGAGAAAUAGCCAAAACAGCAGAUGGGACACCCAGGUAAUAUAAGUAAUUAUGCUUAUAAAAAGGUCAAAUGUACCAAAUGAAAAAUGAUAGCCAUUUGGUCUGGCUGUGUCCUAAGUUAAGAUGUUCUAUUACCAAAGCUCUGUGUUCGAAUAUGCGGUAUACCCAUACUGUCAAUUGAAUUUUGAAGCAUUUUUAUACAGUAAUUUAUAAGAUUAUUUCUGUUAUGUUAAAAGGUACAAACAUCAUUAUAGUAAAAGGACCAAGGUAUACUGUGUGGUCCCCAUUCUUCAACCAAAGGAAUACAAGUAUAUUCCAGAAUUGCUUGUAGCCAUUUUCAAAAAAAGGAAGACAACACUAGGACAUGUUACCCAGAAGUUGACACUUGCUGCAGAUGAUCCACGAAGGAUUGCAACAAAUAUUGCACUACAGCCCAAACCUUCCAAGGAAGAACUUUUGGCAAAACAUAAAUCAAGGUUUUCAAAUUGA